AUCAGCUGACUCGCGCUCUCGCCGGAGCUCGGCUGGUGCUGCCGCAGCUCACUCCGAUUCCCCGGCAGCGGCGGCGGCUGGAAGCUAGCAGCGAGCGCGCGGAUUUACAGCCAGACCCCCGCCACCUCGCUGCCCGCCCCCCGAGGCGAUGCUGCCCCAUUUAGCGCUCCUCCUGCUGUCCUGCUCCUGCACUGCCCGGGCUGUCGAGGUGCCUACUGAUGGAAAUGCUGGCUUGUUGGCAGAGCCCCAAAUUGCCAUGUUUUGUGGUAAACUCAAUAUGCAUAUGAAUGUUCAGAAUGGAAAAUGGGAAUCUGACCCCUCAGGGACCAAGACCUGCAUUGGAACAAAAGAAGGGAUUCUGCAAUAUUGCCAGGAAGUUUAUCCUGAAUUGCAAAUUACCAAUGUUGUGGAAGCCAACCAGCCUGUGACAAUCCAAAACUGGUGCAAGAGGGGACGGAAGCAGUGCAAGAGUCACCCUCACAUUGUGGUUCCCUACAGGUGCUUGGGUGAGUUGU